CUUUAGCAGAGCAAAUGCUUCCUGGUAAAUGACUGAGUAUGCGUACACAUACAAGGUACCAAUGUUUUGUUAUGUACAUCUACACUGUUGUACAUGGGCUGUGCAGAAUCUUACUUCAUUCAACUACUUGGAAAGAAAAAUCAUCCAGAAGAAAGUGUUGGAAAACCUUUUCAGAGAGGAUUUGGCACAAGUGGUUAGCGUGACUGCACGGGUGAACACAAGCUUUCAAGAUGGCAGCCAGUAUGACAGUAGAGUCAGUUUUGGGUUCCAUCAUCCAGGGUCACCUAGAAUGUUCCAUCUGCCACACCUGUUACCAAGAACCCAAGAUGCUGCAUUGCUCACACAGCUUCUGCCUGAAAUGCCUCCAAGAACUCAAGCAGAGCCAACAUCUGAAUGAUGACAAGGUAACAUGUCCACUGUGCAAGAGAGAGACCACCUUGCCUGAGGGUGGAGUGGAUAAGUUGAACACCAACUACACUCUGAUUGCCUUGGUGCAGGAAGUAGUAAAGCAGGAACAACUCUUACAAGAUGAAGGAUCAAUGGUCAUGUGUCAGGCAUGUGAUGAAAGCAAUGAAGCAAUAUCCUGUUGUAUGGACUGUGGGCAUUAUCUCUGCCAAGAGUGUAAGAAGGCACAUCAGCGGCUGGCUGCACUGCGGACCCACAAAGUGACAUCUCUGGCAGAGCUGAGUGAAGCAAUGAUGGCCAAGCCUGUAUCAACAAAAAGCUACAUCUCUAUGUGUGACAACCAUCCUAGUCAGGAACUCUGCUUCUACUGCAACUCAUGCGAACAGCUGAUCUGCAAAAUUUGUUCCUCUUCCGGCCACAAAGAACCUGUGCACAGUUUUGUUCAAGACUGCUAUAGACAUUUGCUUGUACCGCGCUCGUGAACUGGUCUCCCAUGUUGUCAA